AUGGAAUUACGAUUUGUCACAUCACAAGGCCCCCAGUAUAUAAGCAAUUUCAAGGCGAUGCUGCGUGCUCAUCCCCAGAUUAAUUCAAUCAUGGACCCCAGCUUGUACAAAGACUUCAAGACGUCGAGGGGAUUCAAUUACCAUUACUUUGCGGUGGCACCUCAGAAGGAUCAGCCAUACCUUCUGUUCCUCCAUGGAUUUCCGUCAACCUCGUACGACUGGCGCCAUCAAGUGGCCCACUUCAAAGACCGGGGAUACGGCUUGAUCGUACCCGACAUGCUAGGUUACGGGGGGACCUCCAUUCCCACUGAUCCUGAGACGUACCGAAAGACACUUAUCUGCAAGGACAUCGUCGAACUACUCGACACAGAAGGCAUCAAACAAUGCAUUGCCGUUGGGCAUGAUUGGGGCUCUCACAUAACAGCCAGGUUGGCAGAUCUGUACGAAGACCGGUUCAUCGCAUUCGCAUUCCUCGCGGUGGGGUAUUCUCCCCCUCGGCCCGUAUUCGACAUGGAGCAGCUUCUAGCACUCACCAAGAAAUUGGCGGGGUACGAACUGGUCGGUUACUGGAAGUUCUUCUCAGCCCCUGAUGCCCCUGAAGUCAUUGAGAAGAAUUUCGACUCGUUCUUCAGCAUAGUGUACGCAGAGGAUCCUGAUUUGUGGAAGACCGACUUGGCGCCAACCGGUACUCUUCGUGCAUGGCUUGAGUCUGGAAAGACGACUGCUAUUGGCUCAUGGAUUAGUGAGGAGGAACGCAAAAUCCAUAGUGAGCAUCUGCUUAAAGGCGGUUUGGCAGGGCCUGUCUGUUGGUAUAGGGUUUUGACCAGUGGGGCCUCAAGCGACGACGACAAAAGUGUACCCAUUCGAUCUCCUGCGGUUACGAAGCCUGUGUUCUUCGGCGCAGCUAAACGAGACGCGAUUGGUGUCGCUCAGUUUCAAAUACACGGUACAACGCAAGCUUGCUCGAACCUCACCGUUCGCGAAAUCGAUGCGGGGCAUUGGAUCCAAUUGGAGAAGAAAGACGAGGUAAAUCAAGAGCUCGGAGCGUGGCUCAAUACCGUCCUGGCCACCGCCCCCGCGUAG